AUGGAUGUCCUAAGUGUUGAAGACUGGGGCAAAAGCGCACGGGAGGUGGCGGUCCUGGAGGCGCGGCGGCAGCACCUGGGCUGCGGCAGCCCGAGAGCUGCGGACAGAGGAGGGAAGCAGCAGCAGCUCGAGGAGUCCCGCUACGAACCUGGACUGACGCUCGUGGACAGCGGCAGUGACCCACGCGCCUGGCUGGCUCCGGCUUCCGGCACCUGCGCGGCACACGCCACUUCACCAGAAUACCUGCGGCACUCGCCGUGCCCGAGCACCGGCUCCUACCACGAGAGUGGCUCCCCGGGGUCCUCGGGCCAUCCCAGCCCUCCCAGCUACAGAAAAUCUGCCAAGAGCCCCUCCUCUUCCUCGCUCAAAGUCAGGGACCUGUGCCGCCUUAAAGGCACCAUCAGCGGGCCCGAAGAGGAGGCCUCCAUGAGACAGAGAGCCCCGUCCAGCAAACCGGCCAACGGGAUCCAGAGGCAGAGGCGAGUGGCCGCGAACGCCCGCGAGAGGAGGCGCAUGCACGGACUGAACCACGCGUUUGACGAGCUGCGCAGCGUCAUCCCGGCGUUUGACAACGACAAGAAGCUCUCCAAGUACGAAACUUUACAGAUGGCGCAGAUUUACAUCAACGCCCUGGCUGAGCUGCUCCAAGGUCCGGUGUCCUCUUCCUCUAGCAGCAGCAGCAGCAGCAGCAGCAGCAGCGACAUCUCCAACAGUAACACCUCGCCAAAGUGUGACAUUAUGCUUUCAUCCACGGUUGGUUUUGACGGGGCGAAGGACAGGGCUGCAGCGUCCCCGGCGACCUGCAGGACGGCGGUGGCGGCCGGCUCGGGUGGCAGCUUACCUGUCCACCUCAGCGGGAUGCCUUUCCGUUCCUCCUUCGACGAGAGUUCGUUUUCCGCCAGAGUCGAAGAAGCGAUGUGUUCGCCUUCGCCCUCCACCCGCGCGGGCAGUUCGCAGUUCGGGAGCGAAAGGAAAGAGUCUCCCCGGAGCGACGGAGAGUUUUCCCCGCACUCCCACUUCAGUGACUCGGAUGAAAUAGCGAUGGAGCUUCACUCGAGUGAAGAAGAUGAUCUGUCAGAACUCAAGCUGCCCACCCACCACCACCACCACCACGCCGUCUCUUUCUAA